CAAGAAUCCGACCUGACGUGUGAGGGUGUGACGUGCCAGCAGCAGCGAUAUCUAGCGAAUCCUAGCGCGUGGACAGCUCAAAAAACAAAGGCUUGUUUACAGGAAACCGGCCUACGUUGAGACAAAGGGAGGCGGAGAUAAGAGUGGUUUUGUGGAUACCUUAGGACGGCAAACCGCAAAUAUUGCAAUUAAGUGACAACUGACCCAUUCUACUACAUUAGCCAGGACCUGGCAGCACAGAGCGCUUGCAGAUCUACUAGAAGGCUAUAUAAGCCGCUUCUUUGCCUCAGUUGCCCAGCUAGCUGUCGAGGAGCAACUCGUUUGAGAGCGCAGUGAAAUUAUGCUUUUGCUGUCUCUUAUUUUCUAACGUGCACAAUGUCUACAUUGCCUGUGCUAAACAACGCUGACAUGUACCACCACUACUCGGAUGUACAAUUUCGAGAUGGUUGUUCUGUCAUUCACGAGAUGCUGAAACCAAAGCGUGGAGAGUCCAUUCUCGAUCUCGGCUGCGGUACCGGACGACUGACUAUGCAGUUGGCAUCUCUAGUUGGCGCCUCUGGUCGUGUGGUCGGUGUUGAUCCUGACUCGUGCAGAAUCGCUGUAGCAAACGAGCAGCUAAAGAAGAUGGAUGAUAUCCCUGUAACGUUUCAGUUGGGUAGCAUUCGUGAAGUACUUCCACUUGGUCCAUUUGAUGGAAUAUUUAGCAAUUUCGUGUUCCACUGGUUUGAACGUGCCGAACGAGCAGAAAUGAUGCAACAGAUGUAUGACAGUUUGAAACCAGGAGGACGACUUACGUUCUUGCUUAACACCAAUCAGACACAGCCCAAUGUCAUCGUUCGUGAUAUUUUCCGUCUUACUGAGCCAAACCUAGACGAAGAGUCUGCAUCUGGCAUUAAGAUGGACGUUCCUUCUGUGUGGCUGCAGCACUGCAGUGACGCCGGAUUUGUUGUUGAACUGUCAGAAGUGUUCAUGAGAGAGUGCAUGGAGCCAAAUCUGGAUAGACUACUUCAAUUUAUAGCAGCUUCCGUUCCUAAUGUUCAGUGCAGUAAGCUGACAGAGGACGGUCUGCAGGAGUUGAAUAGCCGAUACAAAACAGGGAAUGGUGACGAGGUUGCCUGUUCUGUUAGACUAUUGAAAGUGUUAGCUAGAAAACCAGAAGAAUAUUGAGAAGAAAGUUAGCUACAGGAAGGAACAUUGGAAUGUCAUUUUACUAUAAUAGUGAAGGUUAGUGAUUAUAGAAUUAGUCCAAUAGAUGAAAUUUGAAGCCGUCAGUGCCGUGGCAUAGUCACAGUUUUUUCUGGUAACAAUUUGCGAGUCAGAUAUACAGUUACACCACAUUAUUUUGGCUGUUUUGACUUCUAGUCCAGCAGCUGCUUGGUUACGUAGUUGUGUCAAGGGGAAUAAGCCAAAUGUAUGUUUCUACGAAAUGCACUGGAAUCGUGAGAAGUCUCAAAAUACACUGAAAAUUGCACAAAAAAUGCAUUGGAAUUAUAGAUAAAGUACCCUGCAGUUGUUCGAACGGACUGUUGUUUACAACUUUGAAUACAGCAGUUUAUAUGAGUAUAUUAGCAUAUUAGUAUUGUGUUAUUAAA